UCCGUACGGCAGACACGGCACACACCAUGUGUUUUUUAAUCCAGUUAUUAUUCUUACUGUUUUUCCUCAUAUUCGUCACAUGGGUUUAUGGCAAACUUACGAGCGGCAUCUGCAAAAGCAGCCGACAUUUGGUGGAAAAAGUGGUUAUAGUGACGGGUGCGAAUGCGGGUAUAGGAUUUGAAACGGCUAAGAACCUCGCGGAGAGAGGGGCGCGGGUGAUCAUGGCAUGCAGAAACGAGGGCCGCGCCGCCGUUGCCAGAGACCAGAUUGUUGCUGCCACCGGGAACCCUGAUGUGCACUACCGACAUCUUGACCUUGCAUCUUUAAAAUCAGUCAGAGAAUUCGCCGACAACAUCAACAAAACAGAAGAACGUCUCGAUAUUCUUAUAAAUAACGCUGCCAUAUACGGCUCAAAACUCGAGAAGACAGAAGAUGGACUGUUACUUGGCAUGCAAUCCAACCAUUUUGGACCAUUUUUACUAACCAACUUGCUUCUGCCGAAACUAAAAUCAUCAGCGCCUAGUCGUAUAGUCAACGUUUCUUCUAUAGCGCAUGAAAAGGGGAUCAUCGACUUGAAUAACCUUAAUAGUGAGAAAGAAACAGAUGAAACAAUAAAUGUCAGUAAGGUGUAUUCUGCAUCUAAAUUGUGCAACAUAUUGAUGACUGUUGAGCUGGAUCGGCAACUGCGCGGAACAGGAGUAACCGUUAAUUGUUUGCAUCCGGGUGUAGUUGAUACUGAAAUCUUAACUGUCAUACCAGUGUUUAAUAAGUUAUUGCCCCUGUUGAGGCUUUUUUUCAAAAAUAGCUGGGAAGGUGCCCAGACGACAGUUCACCUUGCCGUGGCACCAGAGGUGGCGUCAAUCAGUGGUCGCUACUUUAAAGACUGCCGCGAAGCGAUACCUUCAAAAAGUGCUCAAGAUUUGAAAGUAGCCCGCGAGCUGUGGGAAGUGUCUGAAAAGUUAGUUAAAUUGAAAUAAAUUGCCUUUAGG